UGGCCAAUCGGAAUUAAGGUCAAGUGCGGAAAUUUUGAAAUUAAAGAUAUGCAGUUUCCUUAAAAUAAAUCGCUUUAUAAUGUGACAACGGCAAAAAUGUCUGCAGAUAAUAACAUCAAAGUAUCCAUUAGAGUCCGAAAUCUUAUUCAGAAGGAAUUGUCAGCGGGCCUAAAGAACCACUGGACAGUGGUAGACAACAGCAUUUGGUGUGAAGUCCCGGACGCUGGUGGGAGAAAACCUGCACCAUACACAUUUGACCGUGUCUUCGAUGAAACUACUGUGACAUGCGACGUAUUUGAUGAAGUAUGCAGUCCCAUUGUGAAAUCUGCACUCUCUGGAUUCAAUGGCACCAUAUUUGCAUAUGGCCAGAGUUCCUCCGGGAAGACGUUCACAAUGUCUGGGUCCGCCACACAGGAGGGAAUCAUCUCGUUGGCUGUUGAAGAGAUAUUCACCUCUAUCGACAAUAUUCCGGACAGAGAGUUCCUUAUCCGUGUUGGCUAUAUCGAGAUCUAUAAUGAGAAGUUGUCAGACCUUCUUGGGGACUCUGAUGUGCCUCUCAAGCUGCAGGAAGAUACGGACCACAAUAUCCAGGUGAUUGGGCUCACAGAGGAGAUGGUGAGGGAUGGGAGCCAUGUGAUAGAUGUCAUCAAGAAAGGAGAUCGUAAGAGGCGAUUUGCAGAGACAAAGCAGAAUGACAGAAGCAGUCGAUCUCACGUCAUUCUCAGAUUUGUCAUUGAAAGCCGAGCAGUGGGCCAUGAAGAUGAUGCUGUCAUGGUCUCCAAUCUGUACUUUGUUGACCUGGCCGGCUCAGAGAAGGCGGGUGACAACUCAGGAGAGAGGUUUCGGGAGGGCUGCGCUAUCAACAAGAGUCUCUUUACUCUUGGGAACGUCAUUAGAAAGCUGAGUGGAGACGCCAACCAGCAGCAUGUGUCAUUCCGGGACUCCAAGCUGACGAGGAUCCUUCAGAACGCUCUGGGGGGCAACAGCAAGACGGUCAUUAUCUGUACGAUCACACCGGCACACAUUGAAGAGUCUGACAGCACGCUCAAGUUUGCCUCAAGGGCCAAGAACAUCAAGAACAAGCCUACGGUGAAUGAAGUAAUGAGUGAUGCAGCCAUGCUGAAGCAGUAUCGACGCAAGAUUCAGAAACUGGAGGAGCAGAUCAGCAAGAUCAAGGAUGGAGACAUCGAGCUGGAGAAGGCUGAGCUGGAGAAACGUCUUCAGGAGAAGGAGGAAUAUCAGCGCCAGCAGACAGAGAUCAUCUCCAAGCUGCAGACCAUGAUUGUCACCUCUGGUAGCUCCAACAGGACCUCAGAAAUCAAACCAGCUCGAAAGACACGCCGUGAAACCUGGUGUCCAGGAAAGGCCAAGCGUGAAUUGGAAGGCAUGUCCGAUAUAUCAUCGCUGAGGCUGAUGAAAAAGCCCCGUAUUGCACCCCUGCCCAACUCCCUGCAAGAGACAGUGUUUGAGGAGGAGGAGUCAUUCCAGCUACUGGAAAAUAUCAGCAUGCCGAGCCAGUCCCCGCCCUUCCCUGGGCGACAAAACUCCGGCACCAAUAUGGCUGACGUGACCAUCGAGACCAACCCCUCCACCAUGGAGCUUUUUAAAUUACAGGACAAGUACGAGGAGCUCCUUGAUGAGUACGCCAAGAAGGAGAAGGACAUGGAAGACAUGAAGGAGUUCCAUGAGUUAGAGAGGCAGUGCAAUAUUGAGGAGAUGGACAAGAUGAAAAAGGAUCUUCAUACGAAGGAAUGCAUGCUGUCUGGGCUGCCUUGGCUUGAAGAAGAGCUUAUGAAAACUCAGAUGGAGCGUAACAAGCUGCGAGAGAACUUGGAGCAGCUCAAUCGACAGCUGAACUCAGCAAACGAUGGGUCAGGAUUUACCAUGAAAGCAAAACAACUUGAUGAUUCAGAGGCUAAGUGUGCUAACCUGAAUUCUGAACUUGAAAUUCAAAGGUCGAAGUAUGAGUUUCACAUAGAAAAACUGAAGAGGCAAGUGGAGGAAUACAUGAUGCUAUUAGAAGAGAAAGGCGUAACUCAGGAUGUUCUUAAGAAUAGAAUAUCAGUGGAUUAUUCUGAAUCUGAACUGCAAGUUUCAAAGAAUACAGAGGAUGAGGUCAUUGAACAGGUUAAGAAUAGUCAUGAAGAAGAGGUGACAGAUUUAAGGAAUGAAAUUGAUUUGCUAAUGAUUAGCCUUGAAAAAGAGAAACAUGUGGGACUAGAGCUGCAGAAACGUUUUGAUGAGGAGUUUCAGCAGCAGAAAAUGAACUACCAGAAAGAUCUUGGAGAGCUCAAAGAAGAAAUUGAAAUUUAUCAGCAGCUUCUAUCUGAAGAGAAAGCUAAAACAGAAAAAAAUCAGACUGCGGAUUCUAAUUUAGAGUAUGAAAAAAUAGAAGUUAUUGAGCUCAAAAGUUAUCAUGAAGAAGUAUUGGCAAAGUACAGGGAAGAAAUUGAAAUGUAUCGGCAACUUCUAUCAGAAGAGAAAGCCAAAACGGAAUCGAAUCUGAUUGCUGAAUCUAAUUUAGAGUUAGAAGCUAAAGAAGUUACUGAGCUUAAAAAUAAACAUGAUGAAGAGUUGGCAAUUUACAGAGAAGAAAUUGAUGCACUGAAAACUAAAUGUGAAGAUUACAGAAUGCAUUUGGAAAAUGUUGAUGGUAAGAAGAUUGAAACCUCUGACAUGUACACACAGAAUACUGUUCAUGAAAUGAAAUUAAAGCAUGAGGAAGAAUUGGCAAAGUAUAGAGAAGAAAAAAGUGCUUUGAAACUCGAAUAUGAAGCAUAUGGACUGCAAUUAGAGAAAGAGGCCAAAGAAAAACUUGAUUCUCUUAGAGCUUGCACACAAGAUGAGUUAAAUGAAAUUCAGUCAAAAUAUGAUACUCUGGUAAUAGAGUUGGCUCAGUACAAAGAAGAAAUUUGUGUUUUGAAGAAAGAAAUUGAAGAUUACAGAACACAGCUUAAACAAGUAGAUCAUGAGAAAAUUGACACUCGAAAUUCCUUUGCUUAUGAUGACUUUAAUGAAAUUAAGUCUAGGUAUGAAAUUGAGAUUGCGAAUUACAGGGAAGAAAUAAGUGUUUUGAAGAAAGAAGUUGAAGAUUACAGAACACAGCUUGAAAAAGUGGAUAAUGAGAAAAUUGACACUCAAAAUUCCUUAUCUCAUGAUCAGUUAAAUGAAAUUAAGUCUAGGUAUGACAUUGAGGUGGCUAAUUACAAGGAAGAAAUCAAUGAUUUGAAGCAAGAAGUUGAAGACUACAGGACACAACUGGAAAUGAUUAAUAGUGAAAAACUUGAGACUUCAAAAACCUUCACACAAGAAGAGUUAAAUGAAAUCCAGUUGAAAUAUGAGAUCCAAAUUCAAGACUUGAAAGCAAACCUUGAGUGCCAUGUAGCAUCUAAAUCUGAGGCUAAAAAAGAUCGGCAUGUAAGUUUUAACUUAGAUUCGGAGAUCGAUGAACAGAAAAAAGUUAUAAAACAGUUAACAAAAGAAAGAGAUAUGUAUGUCAAUUUAGUUGAAGAGCUUACUGAGAAGCAAGGCAGCGAUAAACAGAAUAUAUUAGAAAUAGCUAGCCUAAAGAAGCAGCUUGAGUAUAAAAAUAAAGACAAACCCAAAAAUGAAUCGAAAGGUGAAAAAAGACUGGCAGAAUUGAUGUCUGAAUUUGAUGAAAUGAAGGCCAAUUAUGAAAAUGAGAUUGAACUUCUUAAAGGUCAGGUGAAAGAGGAAAAAAUAAAUGAUGACAAUACCAGACAACAGGUUGAGGAGUUAAAAUUACAGCUCAAAGAAUUGAAAGUUGGAUAUGAGUUAGAGCUUGAACGACUGAAGGCAGAAAUUGAUUGUUCUAAGAUGUCUUCAAAAAAUAAUGAAGAGCCAGCUGAAUUGGGCUCACUUCAGCAUGAGAUGCUACACUCAGAGCUUGAUGAUAUUAAAGAAAAGUAUGAAAUGGAAGUAGGUGACCUUAAAGAACAGUUGGCAAGUGCUUUGAAAGGUGGAGAGAAGGAAGAAAAUAUGCAAGAUAGUUUAGAAAUGGAAAUGCUGAAGUCUGAAUUGUAUGAACUUAAGGAGAGAUAUAUUCAAGAGACUGCUGAUUUGAAGGCUGAACUUGAGCUUAUACAGUCUUCCAAUGUGGCAGCAGCUGACAUUCAAGCUGAAUUGAUUGUUUUGAAGGACAAUUACAUGAGAGAAACUGAAGAUAGGAAGCACCAGAUUGACAGCAAUCCGUCUGCAACUUACAAUGGUAAAGUGAACAUUCAGGUGCAAAUGCUGACAGCAGAAUUGGAGGAAAUGAAAAAAGAACAUGCUGAAGAAUUGAUAAAGGUUGACAAGAAAUAUCAAGAGGAAAUUGAAUCAUUAAGACAAAAGAUUGAAAAUCAGAGAUCCUCAAAAUCUGAAACUCACAAUGAAAACAGUAACAUUGAAGUAGAAAUGUUGCAAGCACAAUUGGUAGAAAUGCAGGAGAAACACAAAAAUGAGAUUAUUGAACUCAAGAAGGGUCUGGAAGAAAUGUAUCAAGAAAAAUGUGAAGAAUUAAGAAGAGAAAUGCAAUUUAGUGCAGAAAUCAAACCAGAAAACAUUGAAAAUGUUAAUGAUGGUAAGAACAUUCAAUCCAAAGAGUUGCAAUCAGAACUCAAAGAAAUGAAAGAAAAGUAUGAUAAUGUUAUGGGAGAGCUGAGGAGACAGUUGGAAGAUAGAGCUGAACACAGCCUUAUGGAAGAUUAUAUGGAGGAGAGCAUCAGCAGUAACCUGGACCAGUCUAUUCUGGAGCUCAAAGAAAGGAACAAGCAACUGGCAACCAGUCAGUUUGAAGACAGGGAAGCAUGUCGCAAGCAAAUUGUCCUAUACGAUAGUGCAAUGGAUGAAAUGCAGACAGAGUUAUCUACCAUGAAGAGUCAGCUGGAGAUUCUGUGCAAGAACCUGAAGGCUCAACAGACUGCAAACAGUCAACUGAAGGAAGACAACCUCAAACUCAUCAAUGUAAGAGAUCAGUACGAACAUAUGCAAGCUCAACAUCUGCGAGAGUUUCAGGAUCUUAAAGAAGAAAUUGAAAAAUUAGAAGAGGAAAAACGCAACCUGAAAUCUAGAAUUCUUUCAUUGGAAAACUCAAAGGUCAUAGAACAAGACUUCGGAAUUAUCUCUGAGAAUGCAACUGAAUUGGAACAAUCUCAGGAGAAAGUAAUAGAUCUGGAAAUUCCGCUUUGUGAAGCUCAAGAUAAAGUAAGCAACCUAGUUGCUGAACUGGAGGCAAGUCAAGAACAUGCUAGAGGUUUAACUGAGCAAAUAAAUGUCUUUGAACUGGAGAAGAAUUAUUUCAUUACUAAACUUGAUAGUGCAAAUGAAACUAUUGCUUUGCUGGAAUCUAAGAUUAGAGAUAACCAAGAUGCUUCUAACACUGUCAAUGCUGAGAAAAUUGAGCAUUUAUUAGAGCAGAUUGCUAAUACAAAAGAGGCCCAAGAGCAUAUGAAAGUAGUAGAGAAAGAGUUAAAUUUAAAACUUGAACUCCAAAUAACCAACCUGAAUAAAGCAAAUUCGGAAGUCUCAAAAUUGACAGAACAGCUGAAGCUGAGCCAAGAUGCUGUGAAGGAUAUUAAUGAACAACUGUUGCAAGCUAAUGAUGAAAUUAUUGAAACUGGUGAACAAUUGUUUAAAGCUAAUGAAAAGAUAAAUAGACUUGAUCAGGAUUUGAAAGAAUCUUUAGAAAAAUUAGAUAUUAAUGAAAAGCAAAUGUUGAUUUCAAAUGAAAAAAUUCAAGACUUAGAAGAUCAGCUAGCUUUAGCAAAUGACAAGAUCGUAGAGCUUGAAUUGUCAGAAUGUCGUUUUAGUGAACAAGUGCUGCAACUUGAGUCUCAGAUCGAAAUUUGUGGUGAAUAUGAGGAGAAAAUAGUUACUCUUGAGUCAGAUGUAGAUACGUUCAAGGCCAAAGUAUCUGAAUUGGAAGAAACAUGUAAAGACCUGGAAACAGUAUCGGAGCGUUUGAGAGAAGAGUUAGAAAUGGCACAGUGCAAGAACAUGGAAGUGAAAGAUGUGCAAGAAAGAUAUCACGAGAUCAUUAGCAAAAUGGACCAGGAGAUUAAAAAUGGUAAACUUAUAGCUGAAGAAUUGACUAAAGCAGUUCAGAAAUUGGAAGAUGACUUAAUACAAGCCAAUCAAACAAUAGAUAGAAUUACAGAAGACAACAUUAAGACAGAAGAUGAAAUUGGACUAUGUCAAGACAAUAUGGAAAAAUUAACAAAGGAAAAUGAAGAGUUUAGAAACAAUUUAGAAAAAGCUCAGAUAAACAAUCAGCUUUUAUCAGACGAAAAACUUAACAUCGUAUCUGAACUGGCUAUCUCUAAACAUGCUCUUUCUAAGCUUCAAUCUGAACAUGAUAAUCUUAUCUCCAAAAUGAAUAAAGAUUCUGGUAAGGUACCACACUUAGAGACAAUGAAUGGUCAGCUUGAAAAGCAACUUAGCAGUUUAAAAGUUGAGCAACAUAUGCUUAAUGAAAAAGUUAGAGCUAUGUUAGAAAAAAUUACACAAUUGAAUGAGCAUCUUGGUGCUAGUGAAGUGCAGAAAAAUAUUCUUGAAACAAAACUUACUGAGGUAAUGGGAAGUUUAGAAGAAACGCAAGAAAAAGUUCGAGCACUUGAGUUGGAGAUUGAACAGUUGGAGAGUGACAAAGUAGACAUGGCUGCUGCUAUUCAGCAAGAAAAGGCAGGAAAUGUGGACGCCAAUAUUGAAGAGCUGCAAAAUAAACUUAUAGAAGCUGAACAGAUGAUAGAGACAUUGGAAAGUGAAAAGGUUUCCCUUCAAGAAGAUAUUUACCAAUUAGAAAAUGGACGAGAAUUGACUCUCAAAUUCAACACCAAACCUGACAAUGUGGCUUGGGAACAGAAGUGGAGGGAGUUUGUAAUAUUUGAAAAGCUUAAGAGAAAAGGCCUGUACACUGAGAUCAAAGCUUUGAAGGACAGUUUGGAAAAGUCUGAGAGAAGACGUCAGGAUGCAUUUACAGAAGCAAUGUUGGAGGCCACCCAGAAGGUGAAAAGCGAGGAUGUAUACCAGAAGAUCCAGGCGGACCUGCGCCGGGUCAACGCCGAGGCCGACAAGCUGCAUGAGGACCUCCUGGACGAGAGGAAGGUGGCCAAGGAACUACGGGACAGGCUGGCCAGGGUCGGGAAGGAGCCUAGACAAGGUGUAGACUUCAUGACGGAGGACCACCCCUGCAAGUACAAGCUGGAGAGCUUCAGUGCAAGAGAGAGGCUCCAGGAGGCAACAACCGAACAUGAGCGCAGGAUCACUCAGUACAAGGAGACCAUAGAUCAGUACGAAGACCGGAUCAGUCGCAUGAAAAAUGAGAUGAGGCGACUUAAUAGUCUUGACCAGACAUUUGAUGGGAGGUCACUAAAGGCACCAUUGUUUGACGACUCUGGAGAGGACCAACCUCCUAGCGCCAGCAAGACCUCGACUGCCCUGAAGGACACGGGUAACCAGAUGGCAAUGCCAUCCACCCAGCAGCCUGCGCAGCCUUGCACCUACAUAGGAGGUAGCAGUGUCAGUGGGGGCAUCGUGGACCAUUACAAAGUCUGCCUGGUGGAGGCCGAGAACAAGCGACUGAAGCAGGACGUGGAAAAGAUGCGUCGGCGAGUGGCGCGCUGGGAGGAGCUCGAAAAGGAGAACAUCACCGUUGAGACAUUGCGCAGUCUGAAGGGACGUGCAGACCGCCUGGACGCAGUUGAGAAGGAGAACGCCGAAUUGAGUGAAAAGAUAAAAAAAAUGCAGGAGAAGUUAACGGCCAACACACGAGGUCAGAGGGGAUCAGGCAGCUGGGAAGACAAGUUUCGGCGCGGAAUGGACUGUUCCAUGUUGGAGGUCAGCACACUGAGCGCCAGUCCCAGCAAGUCUGCACGCAGUCCUAGCAAGCCUGUAAACGGCCCCAGGUACCACGUGCCAGACCUGAAUCCUGGGCCCAAGAAGACACCUGACGACGUGGAUGGCUGCAAGCCCUCAUGAAGGAAGAAAACGGGUUUAAAUGCAUGUGUUUAAAGUGUUUGUCCCAGAUAAGCUAUAAGGGUUAUUCUUUCUGCCUAGACUUGAUGGCUGAAAAACCCUUGUGGGAACGCUCACACUUUGCUAGAAAUACAUUAUGACUUCAAGUGCUUGAAAUGAAGUAGCAUUGAGCUGUUGAUUUGGUUCUAAAAUGUGUUUUAAAAUGUUUGCUACAUUUGUUAUUUCCAAGAGAUGUUUAUAAUUAUCUAAAACCAAAAAUGGCUUUGCGUUUGAAUGUGUUCAAAAUGACCCCAAAAAAUGUGAUAAUAUUUAGUAAAAUUUGUAGCUUUUUAUGUCCCCCACUAUAGUACUGUUGGUCUGUUGGUUGGUUGGUUGGUUUGAGCCAACUUUAACAUAUGCAAUAACUUUUGCAAUAUUGAAGAUAGGAACUUGAUAUUUGGCAUGCAUAUGUAUCUCACGGAGCUGCACAUUUUGAGUGGUGAAAGGUCAAGGUCAUCCUUCAAGGUCAAAGGUCAAAUUUAUGGGUCAAAUCGCUCAUUUAAUGUACACUUUUGCAGUAUUUCAAUAUUUAAGAUAGCAACUUGAUAUUUGGCAUGCAUGUGUAUCUCAUGGAGCUGCACAAUUUGAGUGGUGAAAGGUCAAGGUCAUCCUUCAAGGUCAGAGGUCAAAUAUAUGUGGCCCAAAUCACUAAUUUUAUGAAUACUUUUGCAAUAUUGAAGAUAGCAACUUGAUAUUUGCCAUGCAUGUGUAUCUCAUGGAGCUGCACAUUUUUAGUGGUGAAAGGUCAAGGUCAUCCUUCAAGGUCAAAUAUAUGGGUCAAAAUUGCUCAUGUAAUGUCACUCCUGCAAUAUUGAAGCUAGCAAUUUUAUAUUUGAAAUGCAUGUGUAUCUCAUGGAGCUGCACAUUUUGAGUGGUGAAGGGUCAAGGUCAUCCUACAAGGUCAAACAUCAUAUAGGGGGACAUUGUGUUUCACAAACACAUCUUGUUGUUUUCAUUCUUGGGGAAAUAAUUGUUUUUCAUUUGUUACAUUAUGGUUGAUUUCUUAAUCAAUAAAUUUCUAUGUUUUUAUCUAUGUCCAACAAGCCAAAAGUGUUUAAGCAGGAUUCCAGGAGAAGAAGGGCAUUCCAUUUUUUGCCACACACAUUAAAAUGAAUUCCAACCUGUUUUGUGCAUUUUCCAUUUGUACAGAUAGACCUGAUGUGUUUUUGUAAAGGCUAUUGUCAAAUUUAUUAAGUAUCACAGAGUAUAACUUGAUAUCAACAUCAACUUACUUUUACCUAACACAAUGUUAUAUGAAGUAUUUGCUGAAUUAAUGUGGAAACAGCACAAUUAAGUUCUGUAACUUACAAUUAAAAAGGUUACCUAUUUAACCCUUUCAGUGCGGGAACCGAAUUUUGAAGGCCUUUGCAAACAGUUUGGAUCCUGAUGAGACGCCACGUUCUGUGGCGUCUCAUCUGGAUCCAAACUGUUUGCUAUUCUGAAAGUAUUCUUUGAAAAAAAUCAAAGAAAAUGCUAAUUUUAGAAAUUCAGCAGACGACAUUUUAGCAGACGACAAAUUUCCCAGCAUGCAAAGGGUUAACAAUAAUCAUUA